AAUAUGCAAAUUACAUGACCAGACGUUCGGCUUUUCUAUAUUUCUGAAUUAAUGCGCUCUCUUUCGGUGAUUUCUUGUUCAGGAUGAAUUUUGAUGAAUGAAUAAUCUUCCCUGCUCAUUUUCCAUGACGUGCUCUUUUCGUAUAACAGGUGACAAGGAAAACCAAGUCCAAAUGUUUCCAUGGCGGACGAAUCGAAAGAUCCCAUCAAAAACUCAGAAAACAAGCUACGAGCGGCUACUGAGGUUUUCCAGCGCAAAUAUCGCUCAAUGUCCACUUAUGGGGAACAAGUCAUCGAUGAUGCAAACCGUUCGAAGAAAGCGCUUUUCUGUUUACCGGAAGACAACCCUGUAAGAUUCUACUGCAAAAAGAUCGUCGAAUCCAAAAAGUUUGAAUAUUUCAUUUUACUGACUAUCGCCGCAAAUUGUGUCGUUCUAAUGUUGGAAGAGCCACUACCCAAUGGAGAUACAACAGAUCGCAACAAAAAACUGGAAGAAUCUGAAAAGUAUUUUGUUAUCAUUUACUGUAUUGAGGCUGCAACGAAGAUUAUUGCUAAUGGAUUUCUGCUUCAUAAGGAUGCGUACCUGCGAAAUGGCUGGAAUAUCUUGGAUUUUGUGGUGGUUGUCGUUGGGUAAGGUUUUUAUUUAUCUAAGUGACAGUAGAGUUUGCGUACAUUAACAUUCUGUUCCUUCAGCUGUCUUUAUUGUCAAUGCUAUUUGGGCCGGAAAUUUCAUUUGCAGAUGAAUGACUCAUGGGUCGCGGGAAACAGAGCGGCUUGGCAUAAUUCAAGAAAAAAAACCUAACCAAACGAUUUCUGAUUCUAUUACUCUCGCCAUUUUAGAAGAACUCCUGUUGUGCGAAUGACGAUAAAAAAUAAACCAGAAUGAAUUAUCAAAGAGUUUUGUUUAAGAUCAGCUAGGGAUGCUCCAGCAGGUCUUAUUGAAAUUUGCUCUCAUUUCGCCGGCAAUAAAAUCGUCUUCAGAAUAAAUAUUCUAAACAAGCAAAACAUUCGCAGAAUCUGGCGAAUAUUAAGUUCUAUAUAUAUCACACAGCUGUGUUGUUAUGGUAUUAAUCCGACGAGCAAAAGAAAAUUCACGAACCAGGAGCUUUUUUUAAA